CCACCACCACCGCUCACCCGUCACCCAUCAUGUCCUUCCGUACCGGGCUCGGGCUUCGUGCCUCAACUUCGGCCCCUUCAUCAUCAUCGCGCCUCCUGAUCCGCCCUUUCCAGACUACCACCCGUCUGCCCGCCUCUCACCCUUCUGCGUCGGCCUCAUCCUCCUACAUCAAGGGGACGGUCAACGACCCCACGACGUACCCGCCGCCUAAUGCGACUCAUGGUCAUCAGCACUGGGCUGUCGAGAGGGCCAUCUCAGUCGCACUCUUGCCCCUGACGGCUGUUGCGUUUGCGAAGCACGGAGCGAGCGGUGUGCUGGACGCUGCGCUUGGUUUGAGCUUGGUGGCGCACAGUCAUAUCGGCUUCGACUCCAUCUUCAAUGACUACCUGCACAAGAGGAAGUUCCCCAUCGCCGGCCGUAUCUGGCCUUGGGGCAUCCGUGUCGCCGCAGUGGGCGCCAUUGCGGGUCUUUACGAGAUGCAGACGAACGAUGUCGGACUCACAGAGCUCUGCGCCAAGCUCUGGACUGCCUGAGCGACUUGAGCUUCGUGAGCAAACAGAGAUGUACAGGC